AUGGCGGACAGAGACAGCGGCAGCGAGCAGGGUGGCGGCGGCGGCGGCGGGGCUCCGGGCCCGGGCGGCGGCGGUGGUGGCGGCAGCGGGCCCGGCGGCGGCGGCGUGGGCCUUCAGCACGAGACGCAGGAGCUGGCCUCCAAGCGGGUGGACAUCCAGAACAAGCGCUUCUACCUGGACGUGAAGCAGAACGCCAAGGGCCGCUUCCUGAAGAUCGCGGAGGUGGGCGCCGGGGGCAGCAAGAGCCGCCUGACGCUCUCCAUGUCGGUGGCGGUGGAGUUCCGCGACUACCUGGGCGACUUCAUCGAGCACUACGCGCAGCUGGGCCCCAGCCAGCCGCCGGAGCUGGCGCAGGCCGCGGACGAGCCGCGGAGGGCCCUCAAGAGCGAGUUCCUGGUGCGCGAGAACCGCAAGUACUACAUGGAUCUGAAGGAGAACCAGCGCGGGCGGUUCCUGCGCAUCCGGCAGACGGUCAACCGCGGGCCGGGCCUGGGCUCCACGCAGGGGCAGACCAUCGCGCUGCCGGCGCAGGGGCUGAUCGAGUUCCGCGACGCCCUGGCCAAGCUGAUCGACGACUACGGCGUGGAGGAGGAGCCGGCCGAGCUGCCCGAGGGCACCUCCUUGACGGUGGACAACAAGCGCUUCUUCUUCGACGUGGGCUCCAACAAGUACGGCGUCUUCAUGCGGGUGAGCGAGGUCAAGCCCACCUACCGCAACUCCAUCACCGUCCCCUACAAGGUGUGGGCCAAGUUCGGGCACACCUUCUGCAAGUACUCGGACGAGAUGAAGAAGAUCCAGGAGAAGCAGAGGGACAAGCGGGCGGCCGCCACCGCCGCGGCCUCCUCGCCCUCCUCCGGGGGAGCCGAGCAGCCGCCCGAGGCCGAGGGGGGCAGCAGCAGCAGCAGCGUCGCCGCCGCCGCCGCCGCCGCCGGCCCGCCGGGAGCCUUGCUGCAGGCCGAGGAGCCGGAGGAGGAUUGA